GGAUAUAUUUGGGUAGGGACCAGCGUAGCAUCAGCUCUGACAGCUGUUGUGUUAGGGCAGAGGCUCCUGCCCUGCUGCAGAGGAUGGGCUCCAUCAUGCCAAUGUGCAUUUUCAUCUCCGUUGGCCAUUGAGGCUAAAAAACUCCGGUUCACAUGACCCAGGCACGGAGGCUUCCAAACUGCCUCCGUCUCUCCCAGUAGCGGAGGAAGGGGAAGGCGGUGCUGAAAGUCUGCCGAGACCCAAGGUGGGAAGAAAUCUUGGCUGGCCAGCUUCAAAGCGUUUGGACCAGGAAUUGGAGUGACCGAGCUCCUGGCCAUGGAAGCCUCCACCUGGCAGUACGAUGGAUAUUUACAGGAUGACACAAGUAAGACGAGGGGGAGAGACUGUGCUACUUCCCGGGGAGCCUCUGCAGGGACGUGUGAGGAUUAUACUCUGCUGCAACUCGGCCGGGAGGGCCUGGGGCACAAGCUGGAGAGGGGGGACCUUCCCAACCCGGGGAGCGACACGCAAGCCCCUGCCAGGAGGUCAGAGAUGAGCAGCAGCAGGCAGAGAGGGCAGCAGGGGCUGGCAGGGGACCCGUGCUUGGAUGAGCACCCCGUGUGGAAAGGGUGCAGGAGAGGGGCGGAGGGAGAUGCCCCGCCGAAGGUGUAUGAGAUGGAGGUUGGGCACAGGCAAGCGGGCACGGGCAGGAUGGUGAAACCAGUGGUGUACAGACUGGAGGAGAGUGAGUACAGGCGCCUGAUCGAAGAGGCAGAAGCAGAACCUGAGGAGGAAUGGGAAGCGACAGAGCACAAGGUACCUGUGAUGCAGGAGGGCUACCCAGGGGAUGGGAAGGCAGCAAGUCCAAGCCUAAACAGACUCAACACUUUCCAAGGAGUCCUGAGGAGGCAGAUAAGCCGCUCGGACUCUGAAAGCAGCGCAGAGAGCAGGCAAGUGAAUAAACUGACCCUGAACUCCCCCUUGGAGAGAAACAAACCGAGUGUCCCCAUCAGGUCAGAUAGCUUCGAGCGAAACGCCAUGCUCAUGGAUUACAUUUUGCAAAGCAAACAGGAGGCAACAACAUCUGUUUCCUACGUCCCCAGAGAAAGCAGCAAGGCAGCUGAAAGCUUCAGGCAGGCGCUGAGCUUCGCCCCCCAGCCUGACAGCACUCCGGACCUUUGCCAGAACGGCCAGACUGGUGAGGAGGAUCCGGCCAGGAAGCCCAAGCCAGACAAGCAGGUAGCAAAGAGCCUCGAGAGAAUGGUCUCUGCAGUUGCAAAUUAUGCUUCGGUGGCUAGAGACACGGAAAAGCUUUCGAGACAGAGCAGCAGCCAGCUCCUUGAGAGCAGCGAACUGCUUGGAGGUGAAGUAGAUGCAGGGCUACUCGACUCACACGGCCAGCAAAAAAACCCACCGGCCCCUCCGGUCAGGUCCCACAGCAAAGAGAGCCUGGCUCUGAGUAUGAGCAAGGCUGUGGCAAUGACAGAGGCGCUGCUGGAGCCCCACAGCGAUGCAGUGAAGCCUGCCAAGGAGCAGUGGGCAGCUGCAGGCGCGGAGCAGCUAACUGGAGGCAGGACUGCAGGAGGAGGGGGCUCGGAGGAGCGGGAGCGGAAGGGGAGGAAGAGUCAGGAGGAUGAGAAAGUGCUUAAAGUUGCCGACGCAAAGAAAACCUUCGAAAAGGUCAAGGCGGCGGAGGGAAAGGCAGCGACGCCACCGCCCAGCGCUGCCAGAAAAGCGCCUUUGGUCCAACUUGAUCCUAGACAGCAGGGAGAGAAACAGAACAAGGAGGCGAAAGGAUUCAGAAUGGGUUGAAUAAUGAGGACAAGACUAGGAUAUGUGAUAAGUGUAACAUGGAGUGCUACAGGAAUCACAGCACCAAACCUCACAUUACUGCUCGCUGCUCGAAGCCCCUGCUCAUUACGUGGUGCCUGGAUGGGUUUUUUUAUUCUAAUCAGAAUGAUAGGAAGUGUCGAACUCGGGAUAUUCAUGUUGCAAAUAAAAUACAGCUUGCUUUUCUCUUUUUUUUUCUUUUUCUUUUUUUUUUUUUUUUCUUGUGUGUGUGUGUGUGUGUGUUCUGCUUGCUUGUCUCUCUCUUCCUAGUUAAUCAUCUGGUAGAGAUAGCAACAAAGAAAAUCCCAUCUGUUGCAACUAAUUGCUUCGUUUUUAUUUGGUGUCCCAACAUUUUAAUUAGGUAAUGGGACUACAUCCCCUUCAUUGCAAAUAUAGGAAAAAAGAAAGAAAUAUAUAUUUCACAAUCCUGUACAGUGAUGGAGGACAAAAAUACAUGAGGAUAGACUAGCUUGAAAUUAAUGUAGAGAUUUCCUUUUGCUGUAAAAACUGUGGGCAACAUGUUUCUAUGCCUUUCCUAUAGAUGAGUUGGUAGGGAUGUGUAGGACAUCUGAAUUACCGCAUAUAAUAUGCAGGAGAGUGUGUAUAUGUAGUAAUAAAUGUGUUUUAUGAAAUGUGUUGUAAAUCAUUAAUAAUGAUAGCAUCAAUUAUUAAUACCCACCCCGACCUCAUGUUCAUUUAUUAUUGCUUAUCAAUCUCCAGCAUCUUCCAUCCAUUCCAAGCAGCACACAAAUGUGAUCGCAAGAGCUCGCUCACCACAGCGGAUUUUUGUUACCCUUUGGGAAGGGGGUUUGCGAUCUGACUCAAAU